GCAAGUUUGGAAGGAAGACUUUCCCACCUCUAUAUGACAUCUCGUCUUCUGAACAACGACCUUGCUCCCAGUCACUUCUCACAUGCCUCGCUUCAGCUUGCCUGCUCGCCGACGCCAUGGAGCCGCCCAAACCCGACCCCCACAUGAAAGCGAGGAGUGAAUUCUUUCAUAUCGUCUUGCAAGACUCCGACCAAGCCGAUGGCACAAAGGCCGUCCAAGCAGGGCAAAGAGAGGCUUCGGUGAGCCUCGAAGACCUACGGGAACAAGGCAGAGUCUUCCGUACCGUCGUAAUGCCAUGGAAGCCAUAUGUCGUAGUAAACGAUAUUAUUGUAGACAUAAUCGACUGUCCUAAAGAACAUGCGCUGUUACUCCGCCAAAUACAAGAUGCGUUUACGCAACGGGCCAGAGAAAUUCUGGAAGAGAGCGGAGUCAAGAUUCGGUCAAUCUUCGAAGCACAAUUUCUUUGGCUCAAGAGUGGUAUCAUAAAGGCGGGGGCAAAUGAAGGCUUGGCGAUGUUCCCUUGGGUGCCCGAGGCCGUGGAUCAACCUAAAGUCGCUUUGUACAUGGACGGAAGCCGGCAAGAGUUGGAGUUCCUGCAGACCCCGAUGUUCAUCAUUCGUGGGUAUUCCAUCGAGGGUCUUAAUGGGGACAUAAAGUUUCUUGCUGUCCCUUUCAAAUGUUAAGGUACAAGAAGGAGACCGUAGCCUGUUAUAGGACAGCACUGAGUGCAAGAGGCCGAACAUACACCCCAGCCAGAGCCCUGUACAUCUAAUACACUGCAGCCUGUUGCCACGACUUUCGGCUUGAUCUAGACCUGCUGGCAAGGGUAUGGGAGCCUUGAUGUGAGGGGACCCAGGCUGGUGCUGGUCUGACGGCUUACGACCAAGGUCUCAGCCCCCCCUCCCCCUUCCCUCGGCUCAUGCGCAACGGUUCACAAGAUCAACACAG